AUGACCGAUGUCAAAGCAUUGUUGGACAUUGAAAAAACUGUAUUUCAACAAGCAUAUUUCUUUGGUGAUAGUAAAUACUACGACCUCCUAUCGGAAACUCGAGGAAUAACAAACUCACCUUUUGCGGCCCAAAUAUUUGGAAAUUCCGGCAUAGAGAAUUGUGAAAAUAAUAGUGCAAUUGCAGAACACAUGGCAAAGAUUGGUGAAAAAAAUCAUCAUCAUAG